AUAGCAAACUUUUGUAAUAUCUUGAGUCAAGUUCUCUGUUUCUCUUUUUUUUUUGUCAAAAUUCUCUGUUUCUCUUUUUGCUUCAUUCGGUAGCUAAAUCUUUCUCUGAUCAAUUUUGACUUUUCUUUCCUCUUUUGGUCUCUCUUCUUAGCUUCUUCGGUUGUCUUGUUUGCACAAAUAUUACUUCGAUUUGAGUUUUCUAUUGUCAGAUCCUUGCGUUUGUGAGGAUUUUGCCUCUAGUUGUUUUUUUGGUAGAUCUCCUUUCUUUCGUUUUGCAGGUUUAAAAGGAAUGUCCUCAGAUCUGCUCUUCUCUUGAUCCACUUCUGUCCGAAGCUUGUAGUUUCGUAACAUUUAGUUUCAUAAUAAAUUACUAUUGCCUUUUAUUUCAGGUUGACAACGUAUGGUUCUAAAAAAUUUAAAUUGUCCAACUUUGACUUUUUCCAUCAGCCCUGUUCUCUCGCCGCAUAUACUAAGUUAUCAAUCACUCUCCUCUCUUAGACUAAAAAAUUUCUUCUAUAUAGAAACGAAGAUGGUGGAACGAAUUUGUUUAAGGUAAACAAAGUACAAGAAAAAAGGAAUCAUAAUCACUUCAAAUCUUAAAUUCUCACAAAGUCUCUUAUAUAAACAUCUCCACUUCUCAAAGAUUACAAACAAUGCCUUUAAUUUUUGGAUCGGUCCCUAUCUUGGCCGCGGUGGCCAUUCAACUCCUUAUAUCCAGCGUUUCUUCCCUCAACAUUACCAAUGAGUAUCUCCACCACGCAUGCAACAACACCCAAGGCAAAUACAAGCCAGGGAGUGUGUUCGAGAAAAAUCUCAACAUUGUCCUCAAAAACAUAUCCGCCUCUAGUCUGCACAAAGGUUUCGCCCUUGACUCCAAUAUGGAUAGACCCUACAAAAAUAUACCUCCUGAUACCGCCUUCGUCAUGCUCCAAUGUCGUGGCGACUCCUACGGGCCCAAGUGUCACUCUUGCCUCGCCGAAGCCCUCUCUGGGCUUCGUAAGAAAUGUCCGAGAAACAAAGCAGGAACAAUAUGGUAUGACCAAUGCACUCUAGAUAUUUCUACAUACAGUGCCGAUGACACCAGAGUCCUCUACGAUAAUUAUUUAUGUACGACCAACCCAAAGGACUUGAGCGGAGAUAAGAAGAUGUUCGAUAAGAGAAAGCAGGAUUUCGCCAAAAAGCUAAUGUCUGAAGCCAGCAAGUCAGGCAACAACAGCAAGGGGGCACUGUACGCAACGGGAGAGACGAUGAUGAUGGGGACAACGAAGCUUUAUGGAAUGAUGCAGUGUACGUACGAGUUAUCUGAGAAUGGAUGCGAUGUGUGUCUAGAUUGGCUUGUCUUGUAUCAUCCGUUCUGCGGCGAUGGAAAACAAGGAGUUAGAUAUAUGUGUAGAAGCUGUAAUGCAAGGUUUGAGAUUUACCCUUUUCUUAGAACUUAAAGACUGUUUGAUGGGAGCUCUUUGCUUGAUGUUUGAAUAAGUGCUAUAUCAGUGAAUAAAAACUGUUAUCCUCUUUGUGGUUCAUUUUAUAUAACACACCAGUAUGUACGGAGAGCUUCUCUUCUUUUAUUCUAAUAAAAAGUUCUGAAACAGAGUCACAGAGAACUAACGGAGAGACUCGGACAUAGUUUCGUGCUCAGUAUGUUUUAUUAGGGACAUAAGUCCCACAUCGGGUAUUGGAAAGGAUCUUAAGCAAUAUAUAAGAUAGAUGAGCCACUCCACUAAUCACCAAUUGGUUUUAAGUGUGAAGCCCAUUUAUCUUAACAUGGUAUCAGAGCCCGAUCCACGCAGUCCAACCCGAUCCAUUAUCGAUCCAGUCCAAAGUCAGUCCAUCGAUCCUUGCCCAAACAUUUCGAGAUUGACGUUCAAAGAGCCAUCAUCUCGAGGGGGCGUAUUAGGGACAUAAGUCCCACAUCGGGUAUUGGAAAUGAUCUUAAGCAAUAUAUAAGAUAGAUGAGCCACUCCACUAAUCACCAAUUGGUUUUAAGUGUGAAGCCCAUCUAUCUUAACAUGUUUCAGAAGCGGGUUGACUCACACCCUGCUUCAGCAACAGCUUGGUGAGCGAGUCAGGCGAGUGGACAUGAUACUUAACAUUCCCUGAAG